CCCCAGACGACCCCAGCCUGCAGCCCCCGCGCCUUCCUGAGGCCCGCCUGGAGCAUGUUGCCUGCAGCCAUGAAGGGCCUCGGCCUGGUGCUGCUGGCCGCUCUGCUGUGCUCUGCCCCCGCUCAUGGCCUGUGGUGCCAGGACUGCACGCUGACCACCAACUCCAGUCAUUGCACCCCGAAGCAGUGCCAGCCGUCAGACACGGUGUGUGCCAGUGUCCGGAUCACAGAUCCCAGUAGCAGCAGGAAGGAUCAUUCUGUGAACAAGAUGUGUGCCUCGUCCUGUGACUUCGUGAAGCGGCACUUUUUCUCAGACUAUCUGAUGGGCUUCAUUAACUCUGGGAUCUUGAAAGUAGAUGUGGACUGCUGUGAGAAGGAUGUGUGCAAUGGGGUGGCGCUGGCGGGGCGUGGCUCCUGGGCCCUGGCUGCGGGGCUCCUGCUCAGCCUGGGGCCCACCCUCCUCUGGGCUGGGCCCUGA